CCCCUUUGUUCGGCGGGAGGCGGCGGCGCGCCGCCCCACCGCUUUGUCCGCCCUGCCGGCGGGAGCCGCUGGUCCCGGUGCGCCGAUUUGAGCCAACUGCCUGGUCAGGAUGAGCUGGAGUUUCCUGACGCGGCUCCUGGAGGAGAUCAACAACCACUCGACCUUCGUGGGCAAGAUCUGGCUGACCGUCCUCAUUGUCUUCCGCAUCGUGCUGACGGCCGUGGGGGGAGAGUCCAUCUACUACGACGAGCAGAGCAAGUUUGUCUGCAACACGCAGCAGCCGGGCUGUGAGAACGUCUGCUACGACGCCUUUGCGCCCCUGUCCCACGUCCGCUUCUGGGUCUUCCAGAUCAUCAUGGUGGCGACGCCGUCGGUGCUCUACCUGGGCUUUGCCAUGCACCGCAUCGCGCGCAUGCCCGAGUCCUCACGGUGCAGGCCACCGUCAGCCCGGCGGGCACGCAUGCCGGUGGUGCGCCGGGGAGCCGGGCGAGACUACGAGGAGGCAGAAGAUGACAAUGAAGAAGACCCCAUGAUCUUUGAGGAGAUCGAGGUGGAGAAGGAGAAGAGCCCAGAGGGCGGAGAGAAGCAUGAUGGCCGGCGCCGUAUCAAGCAGGACGGGCUGAUGCGUGCCUAUGUGCUACACUUGCUGUGCCGCUCAGUGCUGGAGAUGGUUUUCCUCUUCGGGCAGUACCUGCUGUACCGCUUUGAGGUGAGCCCCUCCUACGUCUGCAGCCGCAGCCCCUGCCCACACACUGUCGACUGCUUUGUCUCCCGUCCCACCGAGAAGACCAUCUUCCUCCUCAUCAUGUAUGCCGUCAGCGGGCUCUGCCUCUUCCUCAACCUCUGCGAGCUCUUGCAUCUUGGUGUGGGGCGCAUCCGUGAUGCCCUGAGCCAGGCUGAUGGCCCCCCACUCCCAACUGGCGACAGUCCUGCACCACAAUACCCCAAGAAAGCCCCCAGCGCCCCGCCCACCUACCACUCCCUGAAGAAGGAGCUGCCGCAAGCCCCACUGCCCAACAGCAAGCUGGACUACCGAGAGAGCCUGGCCCAGGGGCGCUUCGCCCUGGCUGGAGCUCCCCCGGUGCACGAGCUGGACCGGCUGCGUGAGCACCUGCGUCUGGCCCAGGAGCACCUGGAGGUGGCCUUCCACCUCCAGCCCCCGCCACGGCCCCCCAGUCCUGCCCGCAGCAGCAGCCCCGAGGCCAACGGCAUCGCCGCCGAGCAGAACCGCCUCAACCUCGCCCAUGAGAAGGGGACCGCCGCCUGCGACAGGACCACGGGGCUGUGAGUGUCGCCAGGAAUGACAGCGGUGUCUGCCGGAGUGGCUGCCACUGCCACCGUGGGAUAGGCGUCCUGCCAGGAGCACAGGGCAAGGAAUGCCACACGCCUGCCCAGCGGGGCAGUCUGGGCAGCUCUGUCCUAGUGGGCAGCAGAGGGUUCAGGGGC